AUGAUCGAGCGUCAGUCAAGCUCGAAGCCAUCGGUGCACGCGGUGCAGGAGGACAAGGGAACUUUUCGACAGCAGCAGACCUCGAAACCGGAAGGUAAGACGCCUCGCACACCUUGCUGUGGCCACAAGGAAGGCUACUGUGGCUGCUUCUCCAGGACGAAACCAAUCCCACCCGGGGAGGAGAAGAAGCCAUCGUCGAAAAAAGCAAGUCACCCAAGGAAAGCGAAAUCCCGGGGCGUGUACAUCGUGAACCACAUCGCACAACACUCCAGCAAGCGGAAGUACGUGCCAACGUUUAUCAACGGCGUGGCAACCAAGCUGCAGUUGGACACAGCAAGCGACAUCACGGUGAUUUCGAAGCAAACCUGGAACUACCUGGGUAAGCCUACAAUCAAGAAACCGUCCAUCGAAGCCAUGAACGCGUCGGGCAAGCCGCUUCCUCUGAUGGGUGAGUUCCAGUGCGAAGUGAGCAUCAACGGCAAGAGUGGACAAGGAAGAUGUUUCGUCACGACGGCAGCCAACCUCAACCUCCUUGGCAUCGACUGGAUCGAACUGUUUGAGUUGUGGUCCGUACCCAUCGACUCGAUCUGCAACCAAGUGCAAGCGAAGCCGGUCGAGCAGCACGUACGUGAAUUUCGAGCGAAGCACGCGGACGUAUUCAACGACUCCCUGGGGCACUGCAAGAAAAUGAAGGUAAAGCUUUAUCUCAAAUCAAAUUCCAGACCUGUUUUCUGUCCCAGGCGGCCGGUUCCUUUCAACACCAUUCCAUUGGUCGAUGCCGAGCUAAUGCGACUGCAAUCGUUGGGCAUUAUCGAACCUGUCGACUUCUCCGAGUGGGCUGCACCUAUCGUGGCGGUGCGCAAACCGAACGGCCGAGUUCGCAUCUGUGCGGAUUACUCGACGGGGCUCAACGAGGUACUGGAGGCCAACCACUAUCCGCUUCCAACCCCGGAGGAAAUCUUCGCUCAACUCAACGGUAGCACCAUCUUCAGCAUCAUCGACCUCUCCGACGCCUAUCUGCAGCUCGAGGUUGACGACGAUUCCAAGCAUCUGCUCACCAUCAACACGCAUCGGGGGUUGUUCAGAUUCAAUCGUCUGGCUCCAGGAGUGAAGUCAGCACCGGGAGCAUUCCAACGUCUGGUGGAUGGAAUGAUUGCGGACAUACCCGGCGUCCGCUCUUUCAUCGACGAUGCCAUCGUAUUCUCGAAGGACAUGGAGUCACAUCUGGCCACGCUCAACCUACUGUUCCAACGGCUGAAGGAAUACGGCUUCCACGUCAAAGCUGAGAAGUGCCGUUUCUUCCAACUGCAACUCGGCUACUUGGGUCACAUCGUGGACAAACAAGGCAUCCGUCCUGAUCCUGAGAAAGUGAAGGACAUCGUAGCAAUUCCACCUCCAAACAACGUUUCCGAGCUACGAUCGUUCCUGGGCGCAACCAACUUCUAUGGCCGAUUCGUACGCAACUUACACGAAUUGCGUCAUUCGAUGGACCAGCUUCUGAAGAAGGAUUCCAAGUGGCGAUGGACCCCAGAAUGCCAGAGAGCGUUCGACCAGUUCAAGACGGUGCUGCAAUCAAGCUUACUGCUGACACAUUACGAUCCCAAACUACCGAUCGUCGUGGCGGCAGACGCAUCAAGCAGUGGAAUCGGCGCGGUGAUUUUCCAUCAGUUUCCCAAUGGCACCAUGAAGGUCGUACAGCACGCUUCAAGAACGCUCACACCUGCGGAGCGUAACUAUGGACAACCUGAAAAGGAGGCACUCGGAUUAGUCUAUGCGGUGACAAAAUUCCACAAGUAUUUGCUCGGGCGGCAUUUCACGUUGCUGACCGACCACAAGCCGUUAUUGUCCAUCUUCGGAUCCAAGAAGGGCAUUCCGCUGCACACUGCGAACAGGCUGCAGCGCUGGGCACUCACGAUGCUCAACUACGACUUCGACAUCCAGCACGUAUCAACGAACGAAUUUGGCUGUGCGGAUAUGUUGUCUCGGCUGAUCGACCGAACCAACCAACCAGAGGAGGAAUAUGUCAUUGCGGCACUCACCCUGGAGGAGGACAUGUCAAGCAUUCUUUCCGACGCAACUGAAAAGGUUCCGGUUGCAUUCCGGGCAUUGCAGAAGGCAACAUCGACGAAAGCUACACUUCAAACCGUUAUCAAGCACAUCCGUGAUGGCUGGCCCGCCUGCUCCAAGAAUCUCACCACUGCAGUUCAACCCUACUUCCACAGACGAGAAUCGCUCAGCGUAGUCGACGGGUGCGUGAUGUUCGGCGACAGGAUCGUCGUUCCCGAGACGUUUCGACAGAAGAUCCUGCAUCAGUUCCAUCGAGGUCAUCCCGGAAUUGUACGUAUGAAGGGAAUUGCAAGAAGCUUCGUGUACUGGCCUGGCAUCGACAACGAGAUUGAGGACUACGUCAAGCGCUGCGUACCGUGCUCAACAGCAGGCAAGGCUCCAACGAAGACGACAUUGGAAUCGUGGCCCAUUCCGGCCAAACCCUGGUCCCGGAUUCACGUGGACUACGCAGGUCCAGUAGAUGGAGUCUACUUCCUGGUGGUAGUCGAUCCCUACACAAAAUGGCCCGAAGUGCACGUAACCAAGUCCACGUCAACGAAAACCACCAUCAAACUGCUGAACCAAUCAUUCGCAACGUUCGGCGUUCCAGAGGUAAUCGUAUCCGACAACGGCACUCAAUUUUCGAGCCACGAAUUUCAAGCGUUCUGUCAAGCGUUCUACCAUCCCCAAUCAAACGGAUUAGCGGAAAGAUUCGUGGACACGUUAAAGCGAAGCCUGCGGAAAAUUCGCUCGGGGGGAGAAACACUCGAGGAAGCACUCUACACUUUCCUUCAAGUCUACCGCACUACACCAACCGGUGACCUGGACGGCAGAUCUCCGGCCGAGAUGAUGUUCAACCGACCGCUUCGAACAGUGUCGUCUAUGCUCCGACCAACCGAACGAAGCAACACCGAGUCUAGAGGCAGGACGAAACAGAACGCCGCUUUCAACAAGAAGCACGGCGCACUCCAGAGAAGUUUCCUGAACGGUGAUCCCGUGUAUGCCCAGGUACAUCGUGCAAAUUCCUGGCAGUGGGAACCAGCAACCGUGAUCGAGAGGAUUGGAAAGGUCAAUUACAACGUGUUCCUUGAAGAUCGUCAACGACUCAUUCGGUCGCACGCCAACCAGCUCAAGACUCGUGUUCCAGAACGCCGUACCGCUCCAGCAGAUCAACCGACACCACUUUCUGUAUUUUUCGACGGGUUCGGAUUGGCCAUUCCAACCGAGACUCCACCGGACGCCAUCCCACUUGAAGAUCAAGAACCACAGCGGUUUGGUGAAGCACUUCAAGAGAAUCCAGAAGAUCCCUACCUGACGGAUGAUCUAUCGGAAGAUGAAGCUGCCGGUAACGAAGAAGAAGAUGAAGAACCACCGGUAGAACCAGUCGAACCAGUUCAACCAGCGACACCGAUUCUAGAGAGAGGCCGGCGUAUGAUCCAACUUCCGGCCCGGUUCAAGCCCUACUGGAUGAUGAAGCCUUAG